AUGCUAAAUAACAUAUAUGAUCCUAUCGUACAACCGAAUAUCUUUCGAAAUACGACUGAUCUAUGCAAUCAACUACGUGAAGAUAGAGAACUUUUUGAACUUGAUUAUGUCGUUAUCAGGACAGUUCUUCCAUUAUGGUCGGAUGAAGUUGCACUGAAAUGUAAAGCAUCAUUUCUACUUGUACAAUAUAUGAGAGAUGUUGUAAUUCGCUACAAAUUUGAAAAUGAUGCAAAAGAUAGAUUCGUCGAGUUUUGUCGAGAACACUAUGCGGACAAUGAUGAACAACUGUGUGAAAUCGAUGACUUCGAUAGAACCUAUCGACCACAAAAAGCUCUCUAUUGGUUAACUCGAACCACAUUCGUAUCACGUAUACUUAACCGUAUACAACAUACAUUAGAAAUUGAUCUUCAAUACAAAAUAAGCUUUAUAAUAAAACAUAUUCAUGUACAACUCGCUCACUUUUCUGAUCAUAACGAUUCUUUAUCAAAAGAAACAUCUUGGACUUUCUAUCGCGGAAAGACAAUGUUACAGCAUGAAUUUGAUGCUUUGCUGAGAAAUAGUUCCGGUGGUUUACUCUCAUUUUCAUGUUUUAUUAUGGCUAACAAGAACAAGAAUGUAGCUAUUGACUUGCUACAUCGUUUAAUUACUGUUAAUCCCCAACGAAUAGCCAUACUCUUCGAAAUCUAUAUCGAUAGAACGAAACAUGUGAUCAGUCCAUUUGCUUUACUUGAAAAUAGCGAUCAUGAAGAUCAUUCAAAGAAAGGUGAUAUAUGCUUUACAAUUGGUACUGUCUUUAGGAUCCAAUCUACAGAGCCAGUCAAUGAAUUUUCUAUUGAAAUGUGGCAAGUUAAAUUGAUUCUUGUGGAUGAUAGUGAUUCGCAACUUUUUCAUCUUGUUGAGCCAUUACGCAAUAAUGACAUUCAAACAAAUCCCCUUGCCUAUGCUGGUAAACUACUAGUCGAGAUGGGUGAUUUUGAUCGUGCUGAACAAUUUUAUCUUCAAAUACUUCUCGAUCCAUCAGUUCUCAAUCAACCACGUCGAAACUGUCGCAUACAAACUGCUCUCGGCUCUGUUUUUAUACUGAAAAACGAAUUCGAUAAAGCGCUUGGACAUUAUCAACAAGCUCUAAAAGCUAGCUUAAGCUGUUUGCCUUCGGAUCAUCCUGAUCUGAUACCAAUCCAUAAUGCCAUUGGCGAUUGUUAUUAUAAGACUGGCAAUUAUUUAUUAGCCUUGCAAAGCUAUGAACGAGCUGCUCAACUUAUACAACCUAAUAUGCAAUCGAUUGACCAACAAACUCUCGAUGAUUUAAAUAAUCAUAUUGUUAAUACACGAAAGCAUCUCAACAACAGUGCUUGA